CAAGGCAAAGUGAACUGCUUUGUCCCUCUGCGCUCUCCGUCUGAAAACUUGAGCCGAGAGGGUCAUAGGUAUGGCGGCCUUUAGGAUGGGAAAGUUGACAACCAUACCUGCAGGUCUGAUAUAUGCAUCUAUAAAUGUGCGUCUUGCCAAAGAAGAGGAACCCAAAAAGCAGCUAGUGAGACCGGAUCAGCUCCCCAUAUAUACUGCACCACCCCUCCAUUCUAAAUAUGUUGAAGAACAGCCUGGUAAUUUACAAAGGGGCUUUGCAUCCAUCCGUACUACAACCGUGUAUUAUAUUGGCUGGUGCAAGAGCAUUUAUCUCUUUAUGAAGAAUGGGGUUAUGGAUACAGUACAGUUUGGAAAAGAUGCAUAUGUCUAUCUGAAGAAUCCUCCGCAAGAUUUUCUCCCCAAAAUGGGAGUGAUUACAGCUUCGGGACUGGCAGGUUUGCUUUCAGCAAGAAAAGGUUCCAGGUUUAAGAAGAUUGCUUAUCCACUAGGACUGGCCACAUUAGGAGCGACUGUUUGCUACCCAGCUCAGUCAGUAAUAAUUGCAAAGAUAACUGGGAAAAAGGCAUAUGCUACAAGCCAGCAAAUUUUUCAAGCCAUUAAGUCAUUGUGGACACAAAAAAGUGAAAACGAAUCACUCCCUGAACCAAAGGAAGAAAGCAAGGAAGGAAGGUCUGAUGAAAUCCAUGCCAGCUUGCCUGACCUGAAACAUUCAGUGUCUUUGCCAAAAGAACUUGCCUCUGCAACAGUGAUUAAAUCAGAAUCUACCUCAGGUACUACACAGUUCAUUCCUGACCCCAAGCUCAUGGAUCAUGGGCAGUCUCAUCCAGAUGAUAAAGAUAUGUACAGCACUAGAAGCUGAACUAGUUUGCAGAGGGAGCCUGCAUAGAGAACUGCAAGAUGUACCAAGUUGCAAACAAUGGUGAAAAAUCACAUAAUGAACGGGUAACUGACAAAAUGUGACUUGAAAUUUUUCCACGACAUUUUCAAAUAAACAGUUUGGCCAAUGAUACAAGUGGUAAAAUCAUAAAUUAAUGAAUGCAACAUAAAUAUUAUUAGGUGAUUGAUGUGGGAACUGAGGUAGAAAUGCUAGAAGUACAUUUCAUGACUUGUAAUAGAAUUUAUUAGAAAGCAAAAUGAAGUGAAGAUAUGUCCGUAAGACUGAAUUCUAUAAACAUGCAUAUGUAUGUAUGUACGUAUGUAUGUAUGUAUGUAUGUGUCUGCUUCAGUUUUCCCAAUUAUUGCCAGUUAACUUACAAUGGGGGUAGACGAAUGAGUUUUUCACUUGACUUUUUUUUUUUUAGAGCUAGAAUAAAUUAUCCAUAUUUUAUUGCA